AUGUCCUGUAUACUCCCUUACACGGCGGUUAGAAAGACGCGCACCAUCAUCACCACGGCAAUAUUCUCACUCCUCGUCUUGUCCCUCCUCUAUCGGCACCAUUCCAACACCCCCUUCCCUCUCCACCUCCUCACCACCAACGAUGCCUCCUCCAAAGGCCGCUGGUCAACACCCAUACCCCUUCCCCUCGUCCCCGUUGCUGCGGCAGUCCUCCCGCAAUCCGGCAAGGUCCUCCUCUGGUCCGCCGACAAGCCCACAGUCUUCUCCAACGGCACCUCCCUUACCGUCAUGGCCAUCUACGACCCUUUGACCGGCCACAUCUCGCCACGAAACAUGUCCAUGACCAACCACAACAUGUUCUGCCCCGGUGUAUCCCUCGACGGGCUCGGCCGCCCCAUCAUCACAGGCGGGUCCUCCCCGAACCAAACCAGCAUCUACUCCCCCCAGCAAGACACGUGGCUCACCGGCCCACCACUGCAAAUCGGCCGCGGCUACCACGCGCAAGCCACUCUGUCCGACGGACGCAUCUUUACGAUCGGCGGCUCCUGGUCGGGCUCCAUUGGCCAGAAAAACGGCGAGGUUCUCAAUCUCAAUCUCAAUCUCAAUCAUGAUCUCAACCCCUGGCAGUGGUCCCCUCUCCCUGGCUCCGUCGUCGCACCCAUGCUCACCAACGACACGCUGGGCAUCUUUGCAUCCGACAACCACGCGUGGCUCGUCGCGUGGAAGAAUGCCUCCGUCUUCCAGGCCGGUCCGUCGCCGUCGAUGAACUGGUACGGCACGAUUGGUCAAGGCGACCACGCCCCUGCCGGCCUGCGCGGGACUGCCAACAUGAACGACGCCCAGAUGAACGGCAAUUUUGUUCUCUACGACGCGGCGCAGGGCAAAAUCCUCACGCUCGGCGGUGCCACGAGCUACUCGGGUGCAAUAAGCACCAACGCAGCGCAUGUCAUCACGUUGCCCUCCGUGCCGUUCCUGAGUCCAGAGGUGGAGGAAAUACCACCCAUGCGGCACGCCCGCGCAUACGCCAACUCGGUGGUCUUGCCGACGGGAGAUGUGUUGGUCGUAGGGGGCGCGUCGUACGCCAUGCAAUGGACGGAUGUGAACGCCAGCAUGGUUCCGGAGCUGUGGGACCACAAGACGAGAGAGUUUACGGAGAUGGCAAGGAUGGAUGUGGCCAGGACGUAUCAUAGUGUUGCCGUUUUGUUGCCGGAUGCGAGUGUGUUGGUGGGAGGAGGCGGGCUGUGCUGGGAGACGUGUCGAGGGAGGGAGAAGGAGGUGAAUCAUUUGGAUGUGCAGGUUUAUAGGCCGGGGUAUUUGUUCAGGGAUGGGAAGGGGGAAAGGAGGGUGAGGAUUAGCGGGGUGGGGAAUACGAGGGUGAGGCCGGGGGAGAGGUUGGAGGUUGAGGUUGCGCAUGUAAAAGGGGAGGAAAGGAUCGAGUUUGCAAUGGUGAGGUAUGGGUCCGCGACACAUGCGGUGAAUACCGAUCAGAGGAGGGUAGGCCUAGAAGGGGUGAGAGUGGCGAGGGGAAAAUAUGUGGUCAGGAUACCCGAGGACCCGGGGAUUAUGAUACCGGGGUAUUGGAUGUUGUUUGCUAUUUCGGCAAAAGGGGUGCCGUCUGUUGCGGAAACCAUUCUUGUUGAGAGAGUUUUGGGUUAG